CGUGCGUGGGGCGUGCGGGGCGGGCGACGCACGCGGUGUAACCGUCGCCGGGCUUCGCGCCUCGACUGUCGUUGGUGUAUCCUUCUGAUGUGGCUUUUGUGCCUUCCUUACAGGUUCACCAAAUGGCGACGGUCAAGGAGCAGCUUAUUGAGAAUUUGGCUGCGGAAGAUAAAGACUCUCAGUGUAAAAUCACCAUUGUUGGAGUUGGUGCUGUAGGCAUGGCUUGUGCCAUUAGUAUCUUAUUGAAGAAUUUGGCUGAUGAACUUGUCCUUGUUGAUGUUAUGUCGGACAAAUUGAAGGGAGAAACAAUGGAUCUUCAGCAUGGCAGCCUUUUCUUUAGUACUUCAAAGAUUACCUCUGGAAAAGAUUACAGUGUGUCUGCAAACUCCAAAAUAGUUAUUGUUACAGCAGGUGCAAGGCAGCAGGAGGGAGAAAGUCGUCUUUCCCUGGUCCAACGUAAUGUGAAUAUCAUGAAAUCAAUCGUUCCUGCCAUAGUCCACCAUAGCCCUGACUGUAAAAUGCUUAUUGUUUCAAAUCCAGGUGAGUGUUUUCUCUUCCUCUUUUUUUUUUGA